AGCCUCCUAACUGCACGCCAUGUUGCCUUCGCCUAAAAUGUUCAUCUUAAUAUCAGCUCUGGUGGGCGUGGCGACAGCCCUCGUCUCCAUCAACGAAGGGCCUGACGGGGAACUCAAUGAUAAUUCGCCCGUCUAUUUCCCCGUCCUGCCUGAGGACUUUAAGGAUUUCGGCAUCAAGUUAGGCAGCGGUGGAGCCCCUCCCCCAAUUCCACCGCCGAGGUCGUCCCUUCCCAAGAAGCUGGACAUGCCCUCCACGACCUCCAAGCCUACGACCACCACCGUACGCCUGCCCAUCAACGAACACGGGCAUCUCAACCACAUUGCUAGCGAGGCGGUGACGAAGCCCCCAGGCCCUUCCUACCUGACCGAUUCCUACUACUACACGGAGGACCACACGAGCGCCCCAGGAACCCACGACCAUUCCUCUGCCGAGAGAACCCAAACGGACAGGGAGAGCGAAUAUAGAGGACCGCAGGCGCUGCAGAGGUUGGCCCCCCUUGAGCCCCCCUCUUUCGGGGCCAAGAUGCCCUCGGCGCUGGCUCUCGACGCCCAGCCCCCUCCUCCCGCUCGCCCCGCCCCCCGUCACCGCCCCGCCCCCUCCACCACUCCCGCGCCCAUCCUUACCACCACGCCCGAGCCGGUGCUUUCCUCACCGCCGUCCACACGCCAUAAGAAUAUGAAGCUCAGACCAGCCUACACACCCAUCCCCACACCCGCUCCCUCCUACGGACGCGUGCCUGCCAGGGUGCCCGCGCGCCCCCUCUCGCGCCCUCACACCACGACGCCCUUCACGCCCGUGCGUGGCCCCGCCCGUAGACCCAAGUUCGAGUCAGCGAGAGUGAGCGGUAAAGUGCGCGCAAACCGCCCGUCGGUGACCGGGCGGCGCCCCUCGUCCUUGGCCUCGUACCGCACGCCCACGCCUACCACGGCGCCCACCACGACCACCCGUAGGUCUUAUGACAGCCGCGUGCCCUCGGGCAGCGCGCCGCGCCGCCAGUACGUGCGGACGCACUCGGCGGCGGGACCCGACGAGGCGCCCGUGUACCGCACCUCCACCAAGGCGUACCGCGCGCCCUCCUCGCUGUACCACGUACGCGCGCCCACUACCACCGUAACGGCGCCCGCGCAGCCGGACUUCAUACAAUCCGAUCCCAACAUCUACGUGCCGCACGAGUACGACGAGGAGGCCAUCCCCGGCGAGGCGGGCGUCGACUUCCCCAACUACGACGAGGUCCCUGACACGUCCUUCACCUGCAACGCCCAGGAGCAUCCGGGACUCUACGCCGAUACGGAAGCGCAGUGCCAGACGUUCCACAUCUGCCAGGAGGACGGGCGACAAGACUCGUUCUUGUGUCCCAACGGCACUAUCUUCAACCAACAGUACUUCGUGUGUGACUGGUGGUACAACUUCUCAUGCGAUCACGCCGCCAGGUUUUACUCACUUAAUGCCCUCAUCUACGAGCUGCCCGUGCCCGAGAAAUACUCCAGAAAAUAAUGCGACUUAUGCCCUCUCCGUUUAGGUUUUCCUCUUUUUUUAUAUUUUGCCUGUAAAUUA